AUGCGCCACCGGGUAUCCCCCUCGGUCGCUCCCGUCUCCUGCGGCAACUCCCGCUCGAUGAAGCUCAUCCAGCUUCUCACCGGUAGCUCCGUACUUCUGAGCGCAGGGUAUGCAACCGUUUUAUGUGCCCUGGUGGCACUCGCCGUAUUCAAUGCGUCAGUUUCGCCGGCAAAUGGCAUUUCCGUCCGAUCGGACACCGGCAGGGUGCUUUCCGAAGCGGCGUCCAACGUCGACUGGCAGUUUGACUCCAUCAAGAGCAGCGCCUCUGACGAGCUGAAAGCAUCUGGAACCGAUCGAAGUUCCCUUCGAAGCUCGAUCCGAUUGCACGACUCGCCGUCUGGAUCUGCAAGGAGCCUGGCGCAAAUAGGUGGCGAUGACUUCGAUUUAGACCUGAGCUGGGACAGCGAUGACGAUGCAAGCACCAGCGCCGACAAUAGUGAUGUAGGUGAUGUAGACUCGUUGGAAGAAACCAGCGAUAAGGCCACACAAAAAGAAGAUGACCUGUUCGGUGAUGACGAAGAAACUGACGAGGACUCAAACAACUUUACGGCUUCAUUGAAAUCGGACGACAGGAACAUCAAUAAGACGAACAGCAAAAGCAGUCAAACCGUGAAAGAUUUCUUCGGGACAGUGCCAGUCCAGUUUGACAACGUGUUCAAGAAACCAUCUCCUCUCGCUGAUCGUUUCGACGACAAGGCCUCUGAGGACAGAAUUCGAGAAAUAGACCAGCGCCGCGCGGAUCGUCUGACGGCCGACACUGAGGGGAUCCGAUCGCGAAUUGGUGCAGAGCCGCUGCAAAACAUGUACACCCGAGCGGUGGAAACCUCGCCAUCAACGAAUUUCUUGGGAAUUGGCUACGAUAGCAUCAAGGGAAAUCCCAUCGGAGACCCCGAGAUGAUGGUCGAUCCGGGGCUUCGCUCCCCUAUCAUCGUCUUCUCAUUUAAACAAGACGAAAACGGCGUGACAAACGACUUGAACUAUCUCCAGCCACUUGGUGCGUACACACGGCCUUUUUCCGCCUGCCGCCAGUCAGAAACUGUCAACGAGUUGGAUACCCUGGCAGACUACCAGAGUCAACUCAGUGUAGACGCUUCGCUGCAGGGAGGAGAUCUGCUGGGAGUGAACAGCUUCUCGGGCUCAGCCGGCUACAACCAGUUCGCGCGAGAUAUCAGCUCAAAGGAAACAAAGGCCUUCAUGAUCAAGACCUACUGCAUCCGUUACGAAGCAGGAAUCGCUCAAACCGAGUCAUUCAAAUGGAACUACACGCUUGCCUUCCAAAAUGCAGUGGAAGCAUUGCCCACAACUUUCGAUGGAACCCAGGCGGAUAACGCUUGCACUGUCGAGCAGUGGCGCCAAGACCACUCGACGGACCUUUGCCAAAACACCAACAUUCCACGCUGGAUUAGGUUCAUCGAGCAGUUUGGCACACACUACACUGUUCGUCUGUUUGCAGGAGGCAAGAUGACGUACAAGGUGACCAUGAAAGCGGCGGACGUGAAGAAGUUGAAAAAACGAGGUGUCGACGUUAAAGCACAGGUCAAAAUCGCUCUAGGCGCUGUAGGCUUCGGUGGGAGCACGGCGACCUCAUCGAACAAAGAAGACAUGUCGGGCACACGCAGUUUGAACCUCGAAAAGGAAGCAAUUGUCAUUGGUGGAAAGCCCCCGGCAGAUCUAUCGGACGCGAAGGCAAUUGCGAGUUGGGCAGAUACCGUCGAGGCCCUGCCCAUGCCCGUCAAGAUCGAACUGAGCUCGCUGCAGAACCUGCUGCCCAACGACAAGAAAGAGGCAUUUGAGCAGGCUGUCGAUUACUACGGAAAGGCGUAUGGCAUGUCUCUAAUGGACAUUCAGUCGCUUGAAGGCAGAGCAAGGGCGAUUCAGGAUGUGCUGAGAGACACGACCCAGAUUGCUUGGGGAGGCGCCCCUCCAGGUUUCGCCAUGUGCCCCAAGGGCCAAGUUGUUCUGUUUGGCUUUGCAAUAAAGUUCAACUUCAAGGUGCCCGUGAAGGACAGACUUGCUGGGUACCACCUUGUCGCAUGUACAGCAGGAAGAGAGAAAUGCGACGGGACAGGUACCUGGAAGGAGGAUAACGACGACGAACGAAUCUACGUGGUGUGUGGGCCCGAGGUCGUGAACGAAUUUUACCAGGUCGUCGACGAGAGCACGCCUGGUGAAGAGGGCGCUGAAGCUACGUGUCCUGAAGACACCGAGAUCGCCUUUGGGUUUGGUCUUGGCCUUCGAACAGGAUUUUACAGCGCCGAAAAUCUAGCGAUUGAGCCCUGUACCGCUGGACAAACAAGUUGCACAAAGAAUCUGAAUAGCCACACAGCGAAAACUUACGUUUGGAUGGUUUGCGCGGAGAAGACUUUCCCGGGAAUCGCACAACUGCAUAACGUCGUCGCUAUUGGUUCCACAGGAAAGGCGUACAAUGGGAGUCCCUAUGGGAAUGUAACGCUCACCUGUGACGCCAACGAAAGCGUUAUCCUUGGUUACGCUCUUGAAGCACAUACGCACCUAACAUUGAACAGGCAUGCCUUCCGGGUCUGUGACAAGGAUGUAUCGCCGUGUGAACUCAGAGGUUCAGGCAUAAACAAAACGGUGUUUGGCAACGAUCGGCACGGUCUCUUCGGAUGGUUACUGUGUUCUGCCCCUUACACAAAGCCGGCGGAAGACAUGGCCGGCGAAGGGGAAACAGUUGACGAGAAAACAGAAGAAAAUGAAGCGUAG